AUGCCUUACCCAUUCACAUUGCCGACGACAUCGUCAACACCGCUAGACGCCUUCAUCAACAGCCCCAGUCAUCCUUCUCUGCCACUCACAGCGACCACGCAGCGAUCAAUUCUUCGCGAUGCCCUCAAGAAGCACAAACGACUACCAACUUCGCAACAAGCUGCUCACUUGGGAGUGGUCCAGGAUGCCGUGAAUAGCUAUCUUCCUUAUGUGCUGGGUAUCGCGUCUGCAACAGCCACCGGCAGGAUACAAGAAGAGCCUGUGACGGUCACAAGUACGAAACAGCUACAGACGGAAUGGCGUCUCACUCUGUCAGCGACAUUACCGGGACGAGAACCUCCACGAUCGCCGCUACCAGGCAUAUACAAUGAUGUUGCUUUCGUUCUACAGACACUAGCAUACAUUCAAGUUCAACAAGCACGCUCGCAACUCCAAAUACUCUACUCGCCUAAUAUUCCUUCACCCGAUCGUCGUACCGCCGCAAUCGGCUCUGCCAUGAAAUAUCUGCUCGAAGCAAAUUCGAUCCACAACUAUAUUUUGAAUCUACACACUCAAGACCCUGCCUCUGCACCUCUAGAUACCGUAAACUCGACCCAAGUCGCUCUGGCCGCUCUAGCUCUCGCCGAAGCAACCCUCAUCACUGUUCUGAAAGAUGAUCCAUAUACUACUGCUGUCAUCCAGGCAAGAAAUAAAGAUGACAAGGAGUGGAUGAUCUCUGCCCCCAGCAUCCCAAAAGUCCGCGCUCAUUUGUUUGCUCGCCUGUGUAUCUGUGCUUCCGACCACGCUCAACGAGCAGCUGCUUCUUUGGCCCCUGGCAUUGGUGCAUUGGACUCUUCGUUACUAAACUACGUUGAUGAUCUUCGUCGUACAUCUCGUGCAAAAGCUGCCAGAUUUCUAGCCUGCGAUGCCGAAGCUACAGGCAAGACCGGAGAGGCAAUUGCAUAUCUACGAGGUGCCAGGCGAGAACUGGGCCUAGCACCUCUGGAACAAGAUGCCAGUAAACGCAAAGGUUGGAAAGGCAUAAAACAGACGUUUGCAGAGAAACGAGAAGACCGCAGGGUCGAGAAGGGUACAGACGACUGGGGCCUAGAUGCAGGCAAACUCGAAGAGGCCAGAGUGUUGGAGUGGCUCGAGGUGAAGUGGGUGAAGCUAAACGAUACGAUCAACACUCAAAUCAUCCCUCCAAGUGAGCCACUCAUGGCGGCAAUGCCAUCGGGUCGUGAAUACCAUACUCCUAAAGCUUUCACCCCACCAACUCUCGACGCAUCUUUAUUAGCUCGUCUGCGUGCUCCCAUUGAUCCUCAACAGCACGCUUUUAGAGGUAAUGAAGACGACAGUGGAGACGAAGCAUCGAGUCAUGAGCCAGUAGUCGUGCCUGGAGCCUUCCCUGGUGCUGCAGGAGGCGCGAGCAGCGGGACUGCAUACUACUAG